UAUUUUGUUUAUUUAAGUCAGAAUGUGUUUGUCAUCUGCUGUAUACCCACUGCUGUGUUUGCGUAUUAUACAAGUAGCUCCGCGUGUGAUGCGGCUCUUAAACUAUUUUGGUCAAAGACAAAACAUUUUAUACUCUUUUUUAAAAAGGUUGCCGAAACCCUGCGCUAGAUUUGACCGAAUUCUCCGGAUUAUAAGACGCGUUGGAAAGUAAGACGCACCCACAAUGUGUGCCCGGUGUCCAUAAAAUCAUUAAUACCUGUUUGCACGCGCAGCACACACCUCUUGGGCUUCGAAGACGCAUCCCCCAACGUAUUUUUCGCUUUUAAAUAGACGGCGAAUAAAGUCUCUCACAAUAGGGAGAAUACGGUAAACUGCUCCUUAAUAUCGGCUGAACGGAGUGCGGGUUGCCGUUCUGACUCGGCGAUGCGAUCAUUUAUAUUCCAGUUCACGCUUGCCCCGGAAUACAUUCGCGAAGGCUCGUUGACUCGAUGGGGCAACGCUGCGUCAGUGAGCAAUCAUCAUUGACUUUCAGGUGCCUUCCCUGCGGCGAUGCGCGUGCGUCAUGUACACACGCGUAGAUCGCUCAAAGUCACGCCGACCAACUCGUUAAAUGAAGUCACUGUAAGAGCAGCACGGAGGAGUGAUUAUAAUGCCAGCGCAAAGGAUAUCAUCGUCGUCGUCAUCAACAGCCAUGUUUCAUCCACUGCCGGAUGAAGGAGCUGCCCAGGUCGUAAGGGCAUCUCCUCGCGGUCUCACGACGCCACGAUCCGUAUGGCGUCUGGAAAUUAGCCGAAAUAAUCGCGGUGGUCGUCCUUUCGGAGGAACCUCAUCCAUAAAUCUCUGGACGAGGCAGUAAGCGCGUGUUGGGGUAUACAAGGUACGGAGGUCACAAAGAAGAUGGGAGCCUGGGUUUUUUCAGGAUAGUGCCAUUUCUAAAUAGCAACUCUGAAAGCAGUGGGUGAUUAAAGACUCAAGGACACUGAAAUAGCACUGAGGUUCAUGGAAUUAAUUCCAUGCGUGCAGGGAUUGCCGAGUUAGCUAAGGAUGUAAGCAGACAGCAGCUGAAGGGAGAAGGGUCAUUUGCCGGCAAUCAUUUUGUCGGAUAAAGAGCAGGUGACAGAGUGAGAGAGAUUGGCUCAGUCCAGCCCAAUGAAGUGAACGGUAGAACGGAGAGCUUUGAAGAAGCAAUUCAAGGGCUUUGAAGCAACAUUUUAUCAAUCGCCUGGGUCUAUAUGUCGAGAGGAGCAUUGCAAGAAGAGAGGGCACUCAAAGAGCUCGAGUUGAAAGGCAAAACAAUAUCCUGUUGGGAAGGAAGCAAUUGCAGGAACCCGAUUACAGACAGGAGAGUCUGCCGUAUUUGAGGAAUGGGCAACAGGUAAACAUUCUUCCUAUUACACGUAAAAUUAUCAUGGCCACGGUUUUUUGCGAUGGUAUCAAGUGAAUCCUGAGAAGGCAUUCCGUGAAUUUUUACAAGGCGUCUGUUGAAUUUCAAGAAGGCGUCCUGUGAAUUUUAAGGCGGAGGCGUCUCGUGAAUUUAGCGAGAGGCGGAAUUAUUCGACGCGACAAGCAGCUGGCGCAAUGAGAGGCAGGCGGAGCGCCAAGCCGGUUGCGGGGCAGGGGCUGCCGCGGCGAGAGGAGGAAGAGGAUGCGGGGGCGGUGGAAAAGGGGGGGCAGAGGGAAGGGGACGGCACCACGGUGCUGGAGCUGCCGCCGACGAUGACCGAGGAAGAGGUGCUGCACGUGCUGCGCGUGGUGGAGCGAGACGCGAGCCUGCGCCGCCGGGAGACGCGCAGAAUCCGCACCCUGAGGCAGGACGUGGAGGAGGAGGAGACCAAGGGCUCGCUGCUGUCCCGGCAGGAGCGCUUCAGCGGCAAGCGCUGCGUGCGCUGCUGCGCCGCCUUCUGCUGCCUCCUGAACGCGCGGCGCCGCUGCCAGGCGUGCCGCCGAUUCGUGUGCGCCCGCUGCUGCUGCAGCCGCCGCUGGUGCUGCGAGCGCGCCGAGCGUGGCUGGAGGUGCCGCACGUGCUGCAAGGCCACGCGCGUGGAGUCGCUCGCGCUGCGCUGGUUCUACGACGGCGCGCGCGCUCGUUUCGGCGGCUGCGGUGGCGCCGAGGUGGCAUGCGUGGUGCGGGCACGGCUGCGGCCCGCCUGGGAGGGCGGCUCCCACCUGGCAGACUCGCUGAUGGCUGAGGUGAGCGCUGCCGCGUGGCGCGCUGCCAGCGACGCCGUGCGCGAGGUCGUCUCCUCGCGGGCCGAGCGCCGGGGACGCCGCUCCGCGGGGACGCUCGCCGCCGGCGACGGCCCCACGACGCCGUCGCUCGCGCGCCAAAAGGGAGGGGUGGAGGAGGAGCGGCAGCUGGACAUCCUUCGCGGAAGCGGAGCCGUCCUCGUGAGCGAACUCACCGCCAGCAUCACCAGCAAGCUAUUGAACGGUGACGCCUCAUUUCCCGGUCACGGUGGGGUCCUCCACAUGCCGAGUAACGAUGGCGGUGACGGUGACCCCAUCACAUCCCCGGACACGGACAGCCCCCGCCGCUCCGCGCCCGCACGGCGGCGCGACCGUGCAUCCAUCGCACCAACCCACACCUCCGAGCUCCUUCCGGGCCCCGCCACAUCCGCUCACACCUGCGGGAACGUCGAGAACGCCGGGAACGUCGAGAACGUCGGGAGCGACGGGAACGCCGGGGGUGUGGGACGUCCCGUGACCGCAGCCGGCAAUGAUGCCAACGGCGAGGACGUCCCCCGCUGCUCCGACACGCCGGGCGAGGAGACGGACGAACCGCGCGGUCCCGGAGGCGUAGGGGUCUGUCGGGACGCUAGCCGCUCUUCCUCAACCGCCGACGGCCCCCCGGCCGAUCCAAGCAUCUCCCCCGGCGCCACCGUGGACCCAUCGCCGGCGGUGCCACCGCCCGACGCCGGACCUUCGCCGGUUGCCGCCGCGGGAGGGGAAACGAUCGGCGUGCGAGAUUCUUCGUAUGAGCAGCCGGCGUCAGUCGGGCGGAGGGCAGGCGGGGACCCGGGGGAAGAGUCGCCGUGGGGCCACCGCAGCGGCGACUACUCCGUCGACGACGAUGCCGUUCGUGCGACGCUGGGCCUUGGCCACCGUGGAAGAAGUCGGCGGCCGCGCGCAGACGCGGGUCCGACCGGGGCCGAGAGGCUUCCCCGGGCGAGCGACGGCCCCGGCGAAUCGCUCGUGCCCGAGGGCGGCGGCGAAUCGCGCUCCCCCGAACGCGGCCGCGAAGGUCGCGGCAGCCCAGCGGGGUGCGACGCCGGAGAAGCGGCGGGGGUUGGCGACGGGCCACCGACGGCCGCGGAGCGCGGGCCGAGGAGGACUUUGCAUGAGGGCCCAGCGCGGGUGCUUGGGGAGGGCUCGGCGGCCGAGGGUGCCGAUGGUGCCGAGGGCAGCCCGGGGUGCUUGGAUCAGCUGGCGGCGCUGUCCAGUCGCCUGGCGGUGCUAGAGAGCAGCCUGUGCCGCCUGGAGAGUGGACUAGCGCCGUCCCACACGUGGGCUCAGCGUGGGGUGAGGUCCGUGUCGUCUCCAGAGCUGGGCCAGCGUCACGGGGACGCGCCGCGCCCUCUGCGACGGGGCACGGUGCUGAGACACGGGCAGCGGCAGGAGAGGAUGUCCACUGGGAUCCUCGCCGAGGAGGAGGAGGCGGAGAACGAAGAGGAGGAGGACCAGGGAAAGGAUGAGACAGCUGCUGAUUCGGACUCUACCACCAUCGCCACAGAUGAGGGUGAUGCAGAGGAGGAGGUCGAGGUGGAGAUGCGGAAGAGGUACACGGCUGCCUCCCUGCGCAGCCUCACGACCCACGCGCUGCGCCUCAUCGCCGACGCCCAGCGGCUGCUGUCCCGGCCGGGCGCCGGCGAUGGCGGCCCCGCGCCGUCGCGACGCGUGGCCAGGGCGCUCGACCAGCGGCUGUCCGAGCUGGAGGAGAACGUGUACGUGGGCGCGGGCCAAGCCUUCGAGCUGGAGGAGGAGCUGCGGCACCUGGAGGAGGGGGCGCGCGGGAUCCACGCGGCGACCACGGAGCGCGAGCUCGCGUGGCUCGAGGAUCGCGUCGCCACCGCCUCGGCGCAGGUGCAGGGCGCCGAGGGACAGAUCUCUGACAUCGAGCAGUCCGUCUCCUGCCUGGGCGUCCGCCUGCCAGCCGGCCCCGUAACGAGACGCGAGCCGCAGGCUGCGCUCAUGGAGUCACCAAAGCCACGAAGCCGGAAGCUGCCAGCACCACCGGGAAGUGAGAGCUACGUGCAAGCGGACUGGAUGAGGGAGCUGUCCGGGGAGCCCUCGGAGUUCGCUUGAGCCCAGGGGCGACGUGGACGGUCGCCGCUUCGAGGCUGCUUCGAACUCCGCGAGUUAUCCACCGCCGCCGCCGCCGCCGCCGCCGCCACCGCCGCCGCCGCUGCUCUCGAGUGCCUUAAUGAAGCUGGAGCACCAGGCUCUCUCCCACCGGACUCCUCCGUGCGUGCGUUACUCUUGUCGGCCCUUUGUCCCCCGGGCACCAACCCACAAACCUGCACGGGAAGGCCACUCGACAAACCUUGCAGGCCACAUGCAGAGCGUGCAGGCUCACCCAAACGACGCUCUGUCUUUCUUGCGUGCCCUUUACCGACGGCGGCGUUGGUUUUUUGCGUUUCCUCCCUUUGCGGCCGUGCUUUCACAGCUCUCUCCAGCCGCGUUGUUUGGCGUGAGGUCCGACGUCGAAGCUCCCGGGAUGCGGAGUGAAAUGUUGGACGUCGCCCGCAGCGACCUGGAGAGACGUAGACGCGGACCGAGCGGUGUUAUCGUACGAGUUGCGUCUGUGUCAUGUCCCUCUCACCCCCCCCCCCCAUCCCUUCCAUGUCUUGUGCUGUGGCCGGUUGUAAUUCUGUGAGGUGAAGCAGAGAAGGGUGUUUUUUUUGUUUUGUUUUGCCGGUGCUUGGCGAGCUUCAAUGAACCCGCACGUCCGCACCUCCGAUUUGCACGGUUGGCUUCAUUCGAUGUGAAAGACGUUCAACGUACACGCAUAUGCACGUCCAGGGCAGUGGCCAGCUUCAGUGGCACCACGCUUGACAGACAGCUCCUUGGGAUGGCUGGAGAGGCACGCAAGGUCGUCGCGAGUUGAUGUGUGCUCUUUAUGCCACUGCACCUCGCCAUCGUUUCCUUCCUCGUGGCAAGAUCUCACAGCAGUCAGUUACACACGCAAUGAAUCGGCCAUCCGGGGUUUGCUCCUUUCUAUACUGUCAUCCCGCUCGAGAGAGCAGCCACGAAGGAUGAGGACACCUACUCCACAACCGGUGACCAAACGAUCGAACACAUCGUAAACUCCCCCCCCCACCCGCCGUCCAUUACGAGCAUUUCGAGGAGCUUCGAGUAGCUCCGAGUGGCGUACCCUCACUCGCUCGCACACUCAACGUCUCCUGAAGCCACUGGAUGGAUUUCAAAUUGGGAAAUCGAUUUGAGUUCGCUCCUCGAACCGCAUCCAGAUGACAAAGAACCCGGACUUCACACAUCUGUCCGCGUUAGGGAGGUCCGCACGCCUUAUGUUCGAGGUGUACCUUACUGCCCAUCAGUUUCCAUCCCCACACGGUCCACUCCGCUCCGUACCACCGCGCGUCUCUGCUUGCUGAGCCCCCUCCCCCGCCCGCCCGUCCCCGGUAAGAGCCCCGUGCUCACGUCACGUGCCCUUACAGCUCCUCUCCCGAACAAUCAGGGCUCUCGGCCUUACCGUGCUGCCCGCCCCGGUCCCGAGGUGCCUCCUCACAUUUCCAGCGUUGGGAACUCCUAGCCUGGGGCCCUUCAGACGGUUUACUUUCUCGUGAGUGUCCAGCUUCUCGGCCCUGCUGCCACUGGGAUCCUCGGCCAUGGCUUCAUCACAUCCCGAAUAGACGAGUGCAACUCUUUCCUCCACGGCCUCCCCAAAUUCCUCCUCUCCAAGCCUGCAGACGAUAAAAAAAGCCAACGCCAGACUCAAGGGUCUCGAGUGUUUAUUCCUUAAGCACGUGAGAAGUCAAGAGACCAGCGUUAGCCUCGUUUGGAAGAGUGACCGGGGGCAUUCGCCUGCCAGUAUGGGGCCGAUGAUUGCAAUGUUUGGUCCCAAUUAAAAAUACCCCUCCCGGACCCGUACACCGGACCCGCAUCACCCAUGGACUGAAGACCACUGGCUCCCACUACAAUCUCGGCUGAACUUGGGAGGUCGCGCCCUCCUGCCUUGAAGAUCCUCGAUGGGUUCACCACCCCGGCCACCUAGCCCGUCGCCUCUCUCCUCCGCUCCGGACACUUUUCACUGCAGGAACCAAGCAAGGCUUUAUAUCGAGAGUCCAGUCAAACCUUUACUGAGUGGGAGGUCGCUCUGUCCCUCGUGCUGCCCCCUAAUCCUGGAACGUCCUUCCCCUCCGAUGCUCUGUGCUGUUGCAAUUCCCGUGUGUCGGCCAGCGUGUGUUUAUUUGCUCCUGGGUGUGAUGAACACUGGGGUGUGUAAGUUGGUGCUUGUAGAUGUUUUGUGUGCGUAUCUGCAGUGGCACGUGGAAUGUAUAUUGAGCAGUCUCACAGAGGCUGCUGUCACGUGUGCUGGACCGACCAAUGAACAAUGCUUUUUGUGUUUAGUUUGUUGUCCUUCCUCCGCACCUCCAAUUUGCACGGUUGGCUACGUACGGUGCGAAAGAUGCGAUGCAUACGUACGCACAACACGGAGCGAUGCAUAUUUUUGUAGGGACCAUUUGUCCCCGAUGCAGCCCUCGCUUAGCACUCAAUCCCCAUAUAUGGGCAUUGCAGGAUAUGUUCGGUUGUGAUUGGUAACGUGAUAUGUAAAAAAAAAAUGAUAUAGUUGAAAGCUAAUCGAUUUUUUUUUUGCCCCGUGAGCACGAUCGCGCGAUGUGCAUCACAGACGGGCGGCGGAAACCGAUCGGGCGAGUGAGUGCGCCCUCCUCGAGGCGAGUCUGCCCCCGGUGACCCCCCCCCCCCCCAAACGAUUCCGAUGUCUCCUCCCUGCGUUGCGACCUUCGAUUGCGUUCGACGACUCAUUCGCGGGUGGAGAUUUUAAUGGCAGCACGUGGUUCUCUGCAGAGAGCCCUCUCAGCUCGGCUCGCGCGCUCGGGAUUGAGAGUGGGGGGGGGGGAGGUCGGUUGAUAAUAAAUGGGCGCGCGUGGUCGCCCACCUGACCCGCCUCUGAUGUGCAAACCGAAGCCGUACAUGGGUUUCAAUUGGUCCAAAUCGUUAAGUUAAUUACGAUGAGAUCAAUUGCCCUUCCCCCCGUGGGCCUCUCGUUCACAUUCAGAUUAUGAGCGAUCGCAUGAAUGAAGAUUAUUUCAGAGUUCAAUACUCUGGCAAGUCCUGGAGCUCUGUCGAAAAAAAUUUUUUUUUUGGGGGGGGGGAGGGCUUUUGUUCGAUUUAUUUUUAAAGCAUGUAUAUAUUUUAAAAAAGUGGCAGGCUCUACUGCCCAUAACAAUGAUAUCGAGUUUCAUUUUAAACGUGUAUAAAUAUACGGUAUGCAAAAAUUAUGAAUAAAUCUUGCGGGACUUGAGACAUUUAA